AUGAAGUCGUUAUCUUUAAUACGCCCUUUUGGCCGAUACAUAUUCAGGCAAGACAUUCUGUACAUCUUCAGCAAUAAGGAGUACAUAGGAACUCUACAUGAUUUUAGGCGUACUUUCUCUUCAAAAGUCACUGGAGAUAUUGUUGGUAUUGAUCUAGGCACUACUAAUAGUUGUGUCUCUGUAAUGGAGGGCUCAGUUCCAAAAGUUAUUGAGAAUAGUGAAGGUAUGAGGACCACGCCCUCAAUAGUCGCCUUUACUGAAGAUGGUCAAAGGCUGGUGGGUGUGGUUGCUAAGAGACAAGCAAUCACCAAUCCUGAAAACACACUGUUUGCCACUAAGCGUUUAAUAGGCCGCAGGUUUGAUGAUAGUGCAAUUAAGAAGGAGCAAUCUAUAUUGCCAUACAAAAUUGUGAGAGCUCAGAAUGGCGAUGCAUGGAUUGAAACACAUGGCAAACAAUAUUCUCCUUCCCAAAUAGGCGCUAUUGUUUUAUCAAAAAUGAAGGAAACAGCAGAAGCUCACUUGGGUAGACCUGUGAGAAAAGCAGUGAUAACGGUACCCGCUUAUUUUAACGAUUCACAAAGACAGGCGACAAAGGAUGCGGGUAAGAUCGCAGGUCUUGAAGUUUUGAGGAUAAUUAACGAACCAACGGCAGCUGCGCUUGCCUUUGGUUUGGAGAAGAAUGAUGGUAAAACAAUUGCAGUAUAUGAUUUGGGCGGUGGCACCUUCGAUAUCUCUAUCCUGGAGAUAUUGGGCGGUGUGUUUGAAGUAAAAGCAACUAAUGGAAACACUUCAUUGGGGGGCGAAGACUUUGACCAGCGCAUACUACAACAUUUGGUGGAUGAAUUCAAGAAACAGCAGGGAAUAGAUCUCAAGAAGGACAAACUAGCACUUCAGCGUCUAAGAGAGGCAUCUGAAACUGCAAAAAUUGAAUUAUCCAGUAAGACCCAAACUGAUAUCAAUUUACCAUUCAUUACUGCGGAUCAAUCUGGGCCGAAACAUUUACAAAUAAAACUAACCCGAGCGAAGCUCGAGGAGUUAUGUAAUGAUUUAUUUGAGGGAACUGUGGAGCCAUGUCGAAAAUGUAUGAAAGAUGCUGGAGUUACUCCGGAUGAUUUGAAUGAUGUUAUUCUUGUGGGAGGAAUGACCAGGAUGCCUAGGGUUGGUGAGAUUGUAAGGAAGAUUUUUGGCAAAGAACCUUCGAAAAGUGUAAAUCCUGAUGAGGCGGUGGCAAUGGGCGCGGCUAUUCAGGCUGGCGUGCUAAAGGGCGAAAUUAAGGAUCUGUUGUUGUUAGAUGUCUGUCCGCUUUCAUUAGGUAUAGAGACACUGGGUGGAGUUUUUACUAGAUUGAUUAAUAGAAACACUACAAUACCCACGAAGAAGUCACAAAUAUUUUCCACUGCCGCUGAUAAUCAGACGCAAGUGGGAAUCAAGGUUUAUCAGGGCGAGAGGGGUAUGGCUGCUGAUAAUCAACUGUUGGGCCAAUUUGACUUGAUUGGUAUUCCCCCCGCACCAAGGGGUGUCCCGCAAAUAGAAGUGACCUUCGAUGUGGACGCUAAUGGGAUAAUUAAUAUAUCCGCUGUUGACAAGUCUACAGGCAAGAAACAGGAGAUUACCAUCCAAAGCAGUGGAGGGUUAAGUGAUGAGCAAGUGGAGAGAAUGGUGAGGGACGCAGAGGCCUUUAAGGAAUCCGACCAGCAGAGAAAGAUGGCUGUGGAUGCGAAGAAUGAGGCUGAAACGCUAGUUUACAGCGUCAAAAAGCAGCUGAGCGAUUUUAGGGAUAAGAUAUCACAGGAGGAUGUCAAAGGCUUGGAAGAAAAGACUGCAGCUCUGGAAUCAGCUAUGGCCGGUGAUGAUGCAGAGAAGAUCAAGCAGGCCACCAAAGACCUGCAAGAACUGUCCUGGAAAGUAUCAAAAGACAUGUACCAACAGCAGACUAAGGCUGAGUCGAGCGAUAACACUGACGGAAGUGGCUCUGACAACAAAGAUAGUUGA